ACUAGUGAAAUAGUGACAGUGACAGAUUUCUAAGUAAGUAGAUAGAUAGAUAGAUAGAUAGAUAGAUAGAUAGAUAGAUAGAUAGAUAGAUAGAUAGAUAGAUAGAAUAGCAUAGAUAGAAUAGCAUAGAUAGUGAGAGAUAGCAUAGCAUAACAGAUAGCUUAGAGAUAGAUAAAGAGUAGAUCAUAAAUAACGUUAGUCAAAAUGGUUUAUUACUGUGUUUGUGGCGGGUGCAAGAACUCCAGCAAAACUGGACAUAGGGUCCAUUCCUUCCCCAAGGACAAAGGGAUCUUCCGAAGCUGGGUGCAGUUUGUGAAGAUUAGGCGGGCAGAUUUUUCAGCUAGCUCUGUCACCGCCUACUCGAGAAUAUGCAGCGCGCAUUUCAAAGAGGAGGAUUACCACUCAGGGGAUGAGUGAGAGGAGUGCUAAAUUACUUCCUACCGCCGUGCCGUCUGUGAACGCAAACCUCUCUGCUUGCCCCGUCCCGAGGUCGAGAGACACCGUCUGCCGCAAGCGAGAAAUUGCCACGAUGUUGACAGACGCCUCACAGCAGGAGACUGUGGACAGUGUAGACACUGUGGAGAGUGUCGAUACUGGGGAUCAGCCCUUGCCCUCCUCCACUUCUGACGCUGGGACACAGUGUUCUUUGAAGCCCCCCCCGAUGGUCUCACGGUAAAACUUGGGUAUUUUAAGGGGUAGUUAUUAGAUAUAGUCUCUAAAACAUUGCCAGUAUCUAUGCAAUCAGAACAUUUCCAUACACAUUGAUUAAAUUAAUACAUUAUCGUGGGUGCCCGAAGAGCCGAUGCAUGAGGAGGACUUGUUUGAUGAGGAGCCACCUUACACGUGUGACCCCCAUCACAAGUGAGAUAGUUUAAAACCAACAUAGACCAUUUUGAAUGCUCAUUUUUGUGUACUGUAGCUUUGGUAGUUUGAAUGCCCCCCCCCAACAACAAUUUUUUUGUUCUUGUAGUGGCACUGACCAAUUCAUUGUUUGCCAAGAGGAGCUGAUGGGCCUUUUUGUCAUCUGUCCAGCCUGUUGUGAGAGGUCAGAUAGUAGCAUCGUGCAGCAGGAAGGAACUUUUCUUAAGAUCAAGCAGGUCUGUGCAUCAUGUGGCUACCACCGUUUCUGGCAAAACCAGCCAAUGCUCCACAGGAACAUGCCGACCUGCAACCUCCUGUUAAGCGGGGCCAUUCAUUUCACUGGAUGUUUGGCCACCCAGACCUUAAGAAUGUUGACUCUGUUUGGCCUGCAGUGCAUCAGUGCGAGCAGUUACUUUCGCCAUCAGCGCCGCUACACCAUCCCUGUAAUCGUUCAGGCCUGGCAAAACGAUCAAGCGAAGAAUUUUAGUGACCUACGGGCAAUGGAUGGCGGGAUAGUUCUUGCUGGUGACUGCAGGUCAGAUUCUCCUGGGCACUGCGCGAAGUAUGGAUCCUACUCUCUGAUCGAGGACAGGGUGAACAAGGUGGUGGAUGUUCAGCUUGUUCAGAGCUCAGAGGUCCCCAACAGCUCAUGGUGUGAGCUUGAAGGGCUCAAGCACAGUGUUGGUCUGCUGAGGGGAAAGGACCUGCAUUUAGCAACGCUGAUCACGGACCGUCAUCGCCAGGUUGCCAAAUGGGUGAGAGAGGAGCUGAGCCCUGAAGGGACACGGCAUUAUUUUGAUGUGUGGCACAUUGCCAAAAGUCUGGGGAAGGCAUUGGAUGCAGCUUCAAAAGAGUGUGACCAACUACAGCUGUGGAGGCCUGCUAUAGUGAAUCACCUCUAUUGGACUGCAGCCUCAACCCCAGAUGGCAACCCAAGUCAUGGAGGCUAAAUGGAAAAGUUUAGUCAACCACAUCCAGGACAUCCAUGACCAUGACACCCCUGCUUUCUCCAGUUGUGCCCAUGGCCCUCUAGACGGGGAUCAGCGCAACAAAGAGUGGCUGGACCCAGGCUCAUUGGCAGCAGUAAAGUUGGAGAACAUAAUCACGAGGACUGCCUUACUGAAAGAUGUUCGACAGCUGUCUCCACAGCAUCAGACAUUCUCCCUUGAGGCUUACCACUCCCUCAUCUUGCACUUCGCACCCAAGCACACAGGGUU